CUGCCGGGAACGAGCAGGAUGUCUUGAACGUCCCCUUGGUCCUCAUUGUGCAGCCUAGGAAGCGUCGCAAGGUUCCGCCGACGACGGUAUGAAAUGGCAGAAACUGCUCGUGUCACGGAAGCUCAACGAUUAGGCUUCGCUCGAAACACACAUGAAUUUUGCGGGGACCCCGGCCUGUUAGAUUAGGGGCCACAGGAGUGUGUCCGAAGAAGGAAUUAAGCGUUGUUUUUGUCUCUGGCGGGCAGCGGACGGCGUCUGCGGGUGGAAACUGUUGGAAUUAUCCGAAGAGGGGUUUUGAGCAUAAACCCCCACUUGGAUGCACCAUCACAGAGUUUGUCCAAGGUUAAACCAUGAAUCGAAACAAGCGUGAGAAAGAGUACUACAGUAUAGAUGUGGGCGACUCAACUUUUAUGGUUUUAAAGCGCUACCAGAACCUCAGACCCAUUGGAUCCGGAGCACAGGGAAUUGUCUGUUCAGCAUACGACCACAACUUAGAGAGGAACGUCGCCAUCAAGAAGCUGAGCCGACCAUUUCAGAAUCAAACUCAUGCAAAACGAGCCUACAGAGAGCUAGUGCUCAUGAAAUGUGUCAACCACAAGAAUAUAAUCGGCCUAUUAAAUGUAUUCACACCACAGAAGACACUGGAGGAGUUCCAAGAUGUAUAUCUCGUGAUGGAGUUGAUGGAUGCCAACCUCUGCCAGGUGAUUCAGAUGGAACUGGACCACGAGAGGCUGUCCUACUUGCUUUACCAGAUGCUGUGUGGAAUCAAACAUUUGCAUGCUGCUGGAAUCAUACAUAGGGACCUGAAGCCAAGUAACAUAGUUGUCAAAUCUGACUGCACACUGAAGAUCCUGGACUUUGGCCUGGCCAGGACAGCUGCCACUGGCCUCCUCAUGACGCCUUACGUGGUCACCCGCUACUACCGUGCCCCUGAGGUUAUCCUGGGCAUGGGCUACCAGGCUAACGUGGAUAUAUGGGCUGUGGGAUGCAUUAUGGCAGAAAUGGUUCGCCACAAAAUCCUUUUUCCAGGAAGGGAUUAUAUUGAUCAGUGGAAUAAGGUGAUUGAGCAGUUGGGGACGCCGUCUCAGGAGUUCCUGAUGAAACUCAACCAAUCGGUGAGGACAUAUGUGGAGAAUCGACCUCGCUACGCAGGCUACAGCUUUGAGAAGCUCUUCCCAGAUGUUCUGUUUCCUGCAGAUUCUGAACACAACAAACUAAAAGCAAGUCAAGCCAGAGACCUGCUGUCAAAGAUGCUGGUUAUAGAUGCGUCCAAGAGGAUCUCUGUAGACGAAGCUCUCCAACACCCUUAUAUCAACGUCUGGUAUGACCCGACUGAAGUGGAGGCGCCGCCACCUGCGAUCACAGACAAGCAGCUGGAUGAGCGGGAGCACACGGUGGAUGAGUGGAAAGAGUUGAUAUACAAAGAAGUCUUGGACUGGGAGGAAAGGACUAAAAAUGGUGUCAUUAAAGGACAGCCAGCAUCCAUAGGUGCAACAGUGAGCAGCGACCCCCUGCAGCAGCACCACCAGCUCCCCUCUUCCGCACGCUCCUCCCCCUGUGUCGCAGACCCCGCCCUCGCCGAUGCCAACGGCAGCCUGGAAACAGACGGCGGGGCGCUGGGCCGCUGCAGAUGACCCCCCCCCCCGGAUCCCACCUUUUACUUUGUAAAAGACUUUUGAACACAAUCAUUUUGUGGCGUCUCAAAGGUAAGGGCGUUUUCCAACCUAAGUAUGCGUAAGCUUUGAUGAGCUGUCAUGUAAAUGUCAUGUGACUUUCUACACAUUUUACACUAGUUGGAUCCUUUCAUUGCCAUGUUUAGACUAAAUAAGGAUCAGAUGGACCUAGACAGCUGGAAGUGUUGCAUGUAUCACUAGAGAGUGCUUGGCGUAAGGAUGCUUUUGCGCAAGCUUUGCGAGGUUUUGAGUAUGUAAGGCUGCCCGAGAAAAACGCAAGUGAUUUUUGACUGUGUAUGAGAAUGUGAGGGGGAAAAAAAACGUCCUAUUAUUAGUAACUUAACACUGUGUGUUCAUGGUGUCCUCUUAAAAAAAAAAAAAAAACAAAAAAAAAAAACUGGACCACAGCCUUUUCGUUUUGUUGCCUGCAGUUGAAAAGAAGCCGCAUGUAAACUAAACAGCAGCACAAAAGAAGAUAAAAAAAACAAUUAUAUGCAAUAAUGUCCUUUUGAGUUUUUGUAUCCAAGAGAAAAAGUGCCUGUUGUACUGUAACAAGUCAUUUAUGUUGUUUUUAAUGGAUGGAUUUAGACAACUGCGACUGUGGCAUGAUGCCGACUCCUUUUCUACUUAAGUUUGGCCCUUGAGGGACACCAUCAGUGUAUGAGACAAGGCAGUUUCAUCAAGGUCUUUCAUCAAAGUUACCCUACCUUAUCAACAUCCUUUUCUAAGCUUGACUAAAUCAACAUUAUAGGACAUACUGUGCAGGUUUCUUGUGCUAAUACUACACUCCAUGAUCAUGAAUGCAUGAGGGAGAAGGCUGACAGCAUGUUUGUGUAGUCGGAUACAAAUAAAGCAGGUUGUGACAAGCCAAACGGCACUGCAACAUGGAGUUAAUGACCUUUUUUCAUAUUAGCCACGAUAGCGUUUGUUUGUCUGCCUGCUGCAGUAAUGGUGCAUAAUGUGCUUUUUUUAAAAUGUUUGUUCUUAUUCUUAUUCAUUUAAAUCUUGCAGCAAACAUGCUCCUUUCGUAGCCGACAUUGUAGCUGCCGCCUGUGAUUGAUGUCUCAUGAAGAACAGCCUCACUUUAGAUUGGGUUGCAUCAGCAACUUUAUUACGCUUGAAUGUUUUUACAUUGAGAAGUCAUGUGAUUAUUGGGGGCCGAGGCCCUCGCGUCAAAACAGGAAAAAAAGCUACAAUUCAACGUCAUUUCUAAAAUUGCCUCAGUCCAGUAAUAAUAAAGAAAAGCAUGUUUUUAGUGUUUAUUUUUUUUAAAUUGUUUUUUGGUUAUUUAUUUAUUUUUUAAAUCAUUUUGUUGCCAGAUAAAACAGUAAUAAAAAUAAGUGUCUGAUUGUAGUGUUUUUUUUUUAUUAUUUUAUUGGGCAACAAAUUCAUUUUUUAAAAGAAAAUGUUUUCAAAACAACCACUUUAUUUUUUUUUUAUUCACACAAAAAAACAGAACUUUGAGAACAAAAUAAUAAUGGUUUGUUGGGAUAAUGAUUUGUUGUUGGGAUAAAAAAAAAAACAGACAUAACUACGCAAAAGGUUACGUAAUAUAGUUGCAGGGUGUUGUUAGCGUGAUCCUGCUAGUUAUUGUAUGUUUAAGCGUGCGUGGUGCAACCCAAUAUAAGGUAGUAUUGUUCACAUUUCCAAUUAGUAAUCAAUGCUGUAUUAACGGCACAUUUCCUCAGCUGUCUCUGGCCCUCACGCUUGGACUUACAAAUUGUUGCAAGGCAGCAAUUCCAUUCUAUUUACUUACAAUCCAAGCCUUUGGGUUUUUUAAGCGCUUUUAAUUUUGCAGCUUUUAAAUGGAAACAUCAUUGCUUUGUAAUUAUGGAAGAAUGAUGUCAUUGUGAUUUCCAGUCAGCUUUGAUGAACUACCUCACUUGAAUUUCUGCCACAUGAUUGGUUAGCUGUCAUGACGAGACAUGUGAAUAUCAGAUGCCGUUAUUUAUUUAUUUGAACAAAAAAAAAAAAACAUGUACUAUUUGUGGCUUUUCAACUGGCUAGUUUUGUACAUAAUGUAAAGUUCACCUAGAAGUGAGAGGAGAAUCCGUCAAUGUUUUAUUUUGUUGUUGUUUUCCAACUUGAAAUGUGCAAUACCUUCAGCAAAGUGUGCUCUGUUAGCGUCUCCUGAAGGUAAUCAAAGUGUUGGUACUGUCAAUCCCUUUUAUUUUUCUUUUUCAUUCAUUAGUGAAUAAAAUCACCUUUUAUGUU